AUGGAUGCCAUUACUGCAAAAGUAUUUCAUCUCUCAAAGACCUUGAGCAACACGACAAAGUCCCUGAAGCAAAUUCAGAUACUCCAUCAGAAAACCAUCUCUCUCGGCCUACAGAACAACACAUCCCUAUGCAAAAACCUCAUAAAUCUAUACGUCUCGAUCGGCGCCCAUCAAUCCGCGGAAUCAAUUUUCAAGAAUAUCGAAAGCCCAUCGGACAUAACGCUAUGGAACGGAUUAAUGUCGGCCUACGCGAAGAAUUCCAUGUUUUCUGAGGUAUUUUCUCUGUUCGAAACCCUCUUACAGAACCCUCAUCUGAGACCCGAUAGCUACACGUACCCGAGCUUACUGAAAGCUUGCGGCGGGUUGAAGAGAGUGGAUUACGGUGAAAGGGUCCAUACCCAUUUGAUAAAAACCGGGUCUUUAUCGGACGUUGUUGUCGCCAGCUCGUUAACCAGUCUCUACGCGAAAUGCAGCGUAUUUAGUUCCGCCGUGAAGCUGUUCGAUGAAAUGCCGUACAGAGAUUUACCCUGUUGGAAUAACGUGAUUUCGUGUUAUUACCAAAGUGGGCAGUGGGAGAAGGCUUUGGAAUAUUUCGAGAGGAUGAAGCGAACGGGUUUGAGGCCCGACUCAGUAUCGUUUACAACCGCGAUUUCUGCUUGCAGCAGGUUAUCGGAUUUGGAAAAAGGAAGGAAAAUUCACGAGGAGGUUUUGAGUAGCGGGCUUGUAAUGGAUGCUUACGUGAGCUCCACUCUCAUCGACAUGUACGGAAAAUGCGGAUGCUUGGACAGAGCUAAGGAGAUUUUCGACAAAAUUAGUGAUAGAAGCUUGGUUUGUUGGAACUCGAUGAUCGGUGGUCACAGCCAGGCUGGAGAUAGCGCCUCGUGCAUUCGUCUUUUAGCAAGAAUGAACCGAGCGAAAGUCAGACCCAGCUUGACUACUGUUAGCACCAUCUUAGUGGCUUGCGCGAAAUCUGCUCAAUUGCUGCAUGGAAGAUUUGUUCACGGUUAUGCCAUAAGAAAUAACUUAUUCGGUGAUGUCUUUGUCGAGAGCUCUUUACUCGACUUUUACUUCAAGUGUGGUUGUGUUGCAACAGCUGAGAAAGUUUUCAAUUUGAUGCCGAAAUCAGAAAUAGUCGUUUGGAAUGUUAUGAUCUCGGGCUAUGUAUCUUCGGGUACCUACCUUGAAGCACUUGAAACAUACGAUCAGAUGAGAGUAGAAGGCGUAAAACCGGACGCAAUUACCCUCACCACUCUCCUCUCGGCUUGUUCGCAAUUGGCCGCUUUAGAAAAAGGCAAAGAAUUCCACACGCACAUUAACGAAAAUCGGUUAAACUCGAACGAAGUGGUAAUGGGAGCCCUUCUCGAUAUGUACGCCAAAUGUGGGGCCGUAAAUGAAGCUGUGCUCGUAUUCAAUCAACUUCCGAAAAAAGAUUUGGUCUCGUGGACUUCGAUGAUCGUGGCGCAUGGGUCCCACGGACAGGUGUCCGAGGCUAUGAAGACUUUCGACGAGAUGCUACGCGCGAAUUUGAAACCGGACAGAGUCACUUUCCUAGCCGUGAUCUCAGCUUGCAGCCAUGCGGGAUUAGUCGAAAAGGGUCGGAGUUAUUUUAAUCUAAUGGUGGAUGAGUAUAAAAUCCGUCCCACGACUGCCGAGUACUCGUGCCUCGUGGACCUCUUUUGCCGUGCCGGGAGAUUGCACGAGGCUUACGAGAUUCUCGAGAAAAAUUCUCUGAUCAAAGAGGAUGAUGACUUGCUGAGCACGCUAUUUGCAGCGUGCCAUUUGCGCGGGGAUCUUCUUUUAGGGGAGAAAAUUGCGAGCAUUCUUGUUGAGAAGGGCUCGGAUGAUAUGUCGAUUUAUGUGUGUCUCGAGAAGAUGUAUGCGACCGGGAAGAAAUGGGACGAGGCUCGGAAAGUUAGGUCGAAGAUGAAGGAGCUCGGGUUGAAGAAGAGCCCGGGAUGUAGCUGGAUUGAGGUGGAUGAGAGAAUCGAGUCGUUCUUAGCGGGUGAUUAUAAAACGUGCGCCCGAGCUGAAUCUGUGUACGAUUGUUUGUCGAUAAUGUACGGUCACACAGAGAAGAAGCAAGAAAAUUGUUGA